UUUAUUAGUCAGCUGUGUUAUAUCAUCACAAAAGUAAACCACGUUGUAUUGUAGGCUUCGUUGUUUAGUAAACAUAGUAAUAGGUUUUGCUUUCUGAAAAAUAAUGGCUUCCCGUGAUUAUAGUAUAAUUGAAUAUUAUGCCGAACAUGAAGGAUAUAGAUGUGGAUAUUGCAAAUCGACGGAUACAAACUAUAGUCAUGGUCUGUGGGCUCAUACAAUGACUGUCCAGGAUUACCAAGACAUAAUUGACCGCGGUUGGAGGAGAAGCGGACGCUACUGUUACAAGCCUACAAUGCAUGUGACAUGCUGUCCGAUGUACACGAUCAAAUGUGAAGCCUUGGAAUUUAAAAUAUCCAAGUCACAGAAGAAGGUAAUCAAACGAUUUAAUCGUUUUCUGGCUCAUGGUUUGUCCAAAUCAAAUGAUGAUGCCUUAUCUCUUGAAGGAUCAGAAGCUUCAGAUGACCAAAUUCAAGAUGGUGGAGAGAUGAUGGAUGUGCCCAAUUUCCCAAAGAAGUCUGAUCAGGCAAAAAAGCAUAAAGAAGAUGCCAAAGUUUUAUCUGUAGAUCCUUCCUUGUCUGGACGUAUAGAACCAGAGGGGAGUGAUCUGUCAUGUCCAGAGCCACCUGGUAAACAUAAAUUAGAAUUAUCCCUGGAAAAAUCAGGAGGCAGCAGUGAAACAUCAACUGACUCGAAGAAAGAUGCAAAUUUGCCUAAGAAAGUUUGUUUAGGACCAGAUGGAGCUCGCCCACCAAUGAAGAAGGCUAAGCUUAUGCGUCUUGAAAGAAAACAAGAGAAGCUAAUGAAAAAGGGUUUCAGCAAAGAGGAAGCAGAGAGAAUGCUGAAAGAAAGGAAACAGCCACCUCCACAGGGCAAAUCGUUGGAGGAACUUUUAAAUGAACCACUCCCUGAAGACCCUGCUCAUCGACUUGAGGUCCGAUUGGUUCGCUCUACACCACCAAGCCGAGAAUAUGAACAAACAUCAGAGCAAGCACAUGAAGUAUUCCGCAAAUACCAGAUGGCUGUGCACAGAGAGCCUGCUGAUAAAUGUACUCUGCACCACUACAAACGUUUCCUUGUUACAUCUCCCCUGAAGCCAUGGAAACCAGUUGAUGGACCACCUCAUGGUUAUGGCUCCUUCCAUCAGCAAUAUUGGCUUGAUGGACGACUUAUUGCUGUUGCAGUAAUUGACAUACUGCCUUACUGUGUAUCCUCUGUUUACUUUUAUUAUGACCCAGAGUUUGGUCAUUUAUCGUUAGGAACUUAUGCUUCUCUCAGAGAGAUUGCAUUGGUAAGGUCUUUACACACACACAGCUCAGCACUGAAGUAUUAUUAUAUGGGUUUUUACAUCCAUACUUGUCCAAAAAUGCGAUACAAAGCUAGAUACAACCCAUCAUUUCUGCUGUGUCCAGAAACAUAUACUUGGCAUCCUAUAGAACAGUGCCAAAGAAAGCUAGAUGUCAGUCGAUAUAGCCGUUUUGAAGAAAACUCUUCAGUGCUGGAUGAAGACGGUCAAAUCAACAUAAAUGAGAUACUGAUACUGUUCCACAAACAGGCAAUGCCAUACUUCAUCUACAGAACACUAAAUAGAAAUACUGAUGAUAGUGAAGAAGUCAUGCAGUAUGCAAGACUGGUUGGUAUGAAAUGUGCAAGAAGAAUGCUGCUUGUGAGGGUUUGAUGCUAUGUAAUAUUAGAUACACCCAAAUGCACGUUAAUAUGUAUAGUGACAGGUGCAUUAUUUGUAUAUAGCUGAUGUUUGCUAAAAGAAGUUUAUUAGAGUGAUGUUCAUGGAAGAAUCUCUGGCUUCUUUAGUAACAAAUUAAGAGAUAAUCCUCCUCUUCUUAAAUCUUAUUGGCAGGUAGCCAUCAUACAGCUCUGAUUCAUAAUGUAUUUGUUGUGUUCAUUGUCAAUAAAGUUGUAUGUUGUUACUUAAUGAGGCUGCCUUCCUGUUUAAGUACCUGACUUGAAAUAUGUGGUUCUAUUUAUAUUGGCGUGACAGUGCUAAUAAUUAUUUGCAAUAGUUUCUUUCCUCUUUUCCUGUUUAACCAAUUUAUUACAUUGCCUUUAUAUUUUUACUUUAUUUUCAAGUACAACAGUUUCUUUAAUUUUGCCUUAUUAGCACAUUUAAGAUGCUUCUGAGUGAAUUAUACAUGUAAACUAUUCUGCUCCUCCAUGAUAAUAUUAACAUGUGAUGUCUCACUGAAAAUACAGCACGAUUUUCAAACUUGUUUUCCAAUUAAAUGACUUUGCUUUGUUGUUGUAUUUCAAAAUAAAACAAUGCAGAAAUAAAGUGAGUUCAGUUUGGAAAUAAUGACAGAUAUUGGGCUUUUCCAAAAUGUAAUCAGGAUAUUAUGUUUCAUGCAUUAUGAUG